AUGGCUUCUGAGGCCCCCAAGGAUCUGCCCGUGCGCCCUGCCGCCGAUGGUGAGGCCAAACCAGCCGCUGCUGCCCCGCCAAACGAUGCGAAAGUGAAAAAGGCUCCCGCCCCCGAUGUCCUGCCCGAAUGGAUGAUAGCACGAAACGAGCUCUUCGAAGAGCUCUGGCAGAAGCAACUCGAAGAAACCAAAAACCGUGAACACCAUGAAAUCAAGGUCACCCUUGACAUUGGCGACGGCAACCCCUCCCCCGUCCCCGCCAAGGCCUACGAGACCACACCUGGAUCCUUCCUGCGCGACGUCCCAAAGGAUGUGAGCGCCAAUAUUGUUGUCGCGAAAGUCAACGGUGAAUUGUGGGACCUCAAUCGCCCUCUUGAGGGCGACGCUAGCGUCGUACUACUUCCGUUCAGCAACCCUGAGGCUCGCGAUGUGUUCUGGCACUCCAGCGCCCACUGUCUUGGUGAGGCUUGCGAAUGUGAAUAUGGAUGUUUCCUGUCCCACGGUCCCCCAACCCCACAGGGUUUCUUCUACGACAUGGCCAUGCCUGACGGACGUGUCAUCCGAGAGACCGACUGGCCGGCACUCGACAAGCGUACCCAGGCUGUUUUCAAGGACAAGCAGAGCUUUGAUCGAUUGGAAGUUUCCAAGGAGAACCUCCGGAAGAUGUUCUCGUACAGCAAGUACAAGCUUCACUACAUUGAGAAGUUGGUGGAUACGGAGUUCAGUACUGUCUACCGAUGUGGCACCUUGGUCGAUCUCUGCCGUGGACCCCAUAUUCAAAAUACUAAUAAAGUUCGCAGCUUUAAAAUUCUUCAAAACUCUUCUGCCUAUUUCCUCGGCGACCAGUCCAACGACUCCCUGCAGCGUGUCCGAGCUGUCGCCUUCCCGGAUAAGAAGGGCAUGGCCGAGCACUUGAAAUUCCUGGAAGAGGCGGAAAAGCGGAAUCACAUGAAGAUCGGUAAAGAACAAGAACUGUUCUUCUUUGACGAUGUUUCUCCUGGCUCUGCUUUCCUUUUGCCCGCCGGUACGAAGAUUUUCAACUCUAUUCAAAAGCUGCUUCGCAAGGAGUACAUGAAAAGAGGCUACUCAGAAUGCCAAACCCCAAACAUUUAUUCCACGGAAUUGUGGAAGCAAUCUGGUCACUGGGAACAUUACCAGGACGACAUGUUCAAAAUUGAACAGAAAAAGGGAACUUCGACUGCCUAUUCCCUCAAGCCUAUGAACUGCCCAGGGCACUACAAAAUCUUUGCUCACCGUGAUCGUAGCUACCGUGAACUGCCUUUGCGCAUUGCGGACUUUGGUGUCCUACACCGUAACGAGGCGUCGGGAGCCUUGAGUGGCCUGACCCGUGUGCGCAAAUUCCAGCAGGAUGACAGCCACAUUUUCUGCACCCAAGACCAGAUCAUGUCCGAGAUUGAGGGUCUGUUUGAUUUCCUGCAGUCCGUCUACGGACUGUUUGGCUUUACCUUCAAGAUGAAGCUGUCUACCCGCCCUGAAAAAUACAUGGGUGAACUCGCGACUUGGAAUCACGCCGAGGAUCAGCUGAAAAUUGUGUUGAACAGGUUCAUGGGCGACAAAUGGACCAUCGAUGAGGGUGAUGGUGCCUUCUACGGACCGAAGAUCGACAUUACCAUUGAGGAUGCUUUGAAGCGUUCUUUCCAAUGUGCUACGAUUCAGCUGGACUACCAGGCGCCACUCAAUUUCAAUUUACAAUAUGUUACAAACGAGAAGGGUGAAAAGCAGACGAACGAAGAGCCGAAGAAGGAGGGCGAGGAGGCCCAGGCUAAGACCAACACCAAAGAGCUGCCGGCCGGUCGUGCCAGACCUGUCAUUAUCCAUCGUGCCAUCAUCGGAUCUUACGAAAGAUUCAUGGGUAUCCUUACUGAGCAUUUCGGUGGCAAAUGGCCUUUCUGGUUGAGUCCCCGCCAGGUCAUGGUCAUUCCGGUGAUGCCGGCUCUGAACGACUACGCCCUUGAAAUCCAAAAGGUGUUACAGGCUGACAAACUGAAUGUCGAUGUUGACAUCACUGGCAACACUCUUCCAAAGAAGAUUCGUUCGGCGCAACUAGCCCAGUAUAACUUCAUUCUCGUUGUUGGAGCCAAUGAAAUGCAAGAGCGUAGUGUCAAUGUCCGCAACAGAGAUGAUCCAGCGAGCCAGAAGCAGGGCGUUAUGAUUCCCCUCGAGGAGAUUCGUAUCAAGUUCAGGGCGCUGCGCAAGGAGCGGCGGUUGGAGAAUGCUCUGUAG